CCCCAUAUGUCAUGAUGGACCGUCGAGAUCGUGUGGCGUCUAUUUCUGGAAGGUACGGCGGAAGCUACCAUACCCUUCAUACACAGAAAGAAUCAAUAUAAAAUACAAGUAAUUGGGACUCUUUUGUGACGACGACGAAUCUCUGAACGCUUACAUUCGAGUCUUCGCGAAGUUUUCGAAAGACGCAAACACAGAGAGAGAGAGAGAAUGGAGAAACAGCAGCAAAACGACCUGGUGGUCAAACUUCGGUGCCAGCGAAUUGGCUGUGAUGCCGUGUUUACCGAAGAUGAUAAUCCUGAAGAUUCCUGCACUUACCAUGCUUCCGGGCCUAUAUUUCAUGAUGGGAUGAAAGAGUGGAGUUGUUGCAAGAGGAGAAGUCAUGAUUUUAGCUUGUUUUUAGAAAUUCCAGGAUGUAAGACAGGUAAACACACAACUGAAAAACCAGUGUUGGCAAAAGCCGCUCCAAAACCUGCAGUUUCUGCUCCUUCAGCAGCUCCUUCAUCUAGUACUUCAGCAAAAGAACUUUGCCCUAGAUGUCGACAGGGCUUCUUUUGUUCAGACCAUGGUUCACAAGCCAAAGAACUGAAUCAUUCGGUCACUACAGAACCUGCUGAAAGUAAUGUAGAUGUUCAAGUGCCUGUUGCUCCAGUGCAGAGGGUUGAUAUAAACCAGCCGCAAACUUGCAAAAAUAAGGGAUGUGGUAAAACUUUCAAAGAAAAGGAUAAUCAUGAGACUGCAUGUAGUUUCCAUCCUGGGCCUGCUGUUUUUCAUGACCGGAUGAGAGGGUGGAAGUGCUGCGACAUUCACGUGAAAGAAUUUGAUGAGUUCAUGGAAAUUCCACCAUGCACCAAGGGAUGGCAUGAUGCCAAUCCAACAUCCUGAGCAGCAGACAUGGAUGAGGAGACUGUGUUUUCGUUGUAGCUCUGAACUUUUGUUCAUUGGUCUACACACACUUCACAAUUUGAUAACUGUAUGAACUUUAUAACUCUUUUCCGCCCUUUUCUGAUAAGAGCUUUGGAAAACCAGUUUCUAUGACUAUCUUCUGUUGUGUCUUUGUAUUUCGCAUUUUCCAGAUUGCUGAGAGUUUUUUUGUAGUAACUUAAAAGUUUUUAUCUAUAUGCCCAAUUAAGGUGCUCCGACAGAAUUUGAGAAAUUGAAAUCAAUGUUUUCUACCCUCAAAUGAGGUUCCUACU